AUGGUCUCUCAGGCCCAAGUACUCGAUCGCUCUGUGCCUAUGCCGAGUGCUCCGUCGUCGGUGUCUCGCCACUCGACCAGCCGGCGACAUCGCUCCAGUCGCUCCCACCAUGGUGGUCUCGCCCACCAGUCCCAGAAUGACUUUCCAAUUUUCACCCACACCGGCGACGUUGAGAUCGUGAUCCGCGCGAACAGCCAGGAGAGGCGAUAUCUUGUUCAUCGACUGAUCCUUUGCCAGUGCUCGGGGUUUUUCGAGGCGAGUACGCGUGAGGAGUGGUCGCGACAAGUGCCCUCCAAGCCCUCCAAUCCAGACCCAGGGUUCAUGUCGAGAAUCAGCGAAGAUAACUCGUCGUUGUCAAAUGGAUCAACCCUGGCCCAGUCAGAAACUGGAGCACUGAACUGGCCCCAAGACAAGCGAAGAUGGCGAUACGAGUUGGACUGGGAGAACAAGGCGGAGGAUGAGGAGCCGAUACUUGUCCAGAAGGCCCCAAGCUUUUCCAGUGCCUUUACGAGCGAUGCAUGUCAAUCCCCCUCUGCAAUGACCAAACCUUCCAACACGCAAGCGGGCUUUGUACGGUCGAUGGCGAACCUGGCUGGGAUGCAGUCCGUGGUGAAUGUCCCGCACGCAUCGCGGAUGGGGAACGCGGGGGUGGAUCCGACCAUCCGCGAUUACGAUAAUCUCUUCCGUCUGUUCUACAACUACGCGCCGGUGCUCAACAGCGUCAACAUCGCGACGGCGUACUCGGAGUGCAGGUCGCUCCUUGCGCUUGCUGAUAUGUACGAUGCGCUCCCAGUCACCGGGCCUCGGGUAGACCACCAUCUUCUCGGUUUUGGGUCGCGUCUGUUCAAGCAAAUCGCAAAAUAUCCACCGAGCUACCUGAAGCUAGGAUACCUCGCAAGGAGUCGGGUCAUCUUCGCAGAAGCCCUGAUCCAUGUGGUCGGACAAUGGCCCGCAGGCCUGCCUCACUUGCGGAACGGGCCCUACUCCCCCUUACCGAGCACCGUACUGGACAUCAUUGAGGACAAAGUAGAGGAUCUGGAGUACAUGAAGGCGCGCAUCGACUCCAAGCUCCUCCGGUUGACCCUGACUACCUCGCGCGGCGAGCGCGUCAGUCCGACCAACGCCUACCUCGACUGGCUAGCCAUCUCGCUCUUCCGACAGUGGCUCGUCGACAGCACGACGCCCCCGCCAGCUCCCAUCCUCAAAAACACAUCCGCGAAUGCCUACCCAGCCACGAACAACUCCACCGGUCGCUCCUCACAGUCAACCAGCCACCACCGCCAACAGGACCACCACUCAUCAUCGACGGCCUCCAAACCCAGCGCCUCCCCUCUGUCCUCCGCCCAGGUAUACCGACUCAUCGGCACGCCCUCAUCACAAGCCUACCUCCCGCACGACGAGCUCAAAAAGUUCCUCAAAGUCCACCCCACCCCGUCCUCCGAGUCCCUCUACACACGCGACAUCCUCAAGCGCUUCGAGCGCAAAAUGGACGAGAUCAAGCGUCUCGCGCGGGAAAUAGUCAAGCCGCUCAUGCGCAACUUCCUCGAGCUGGACCUGAAGGGCGGGGAAUUCAGCGACACAGGUCUUCCCUAUCUGACUUGCAUCAAGGUGGAAGAUGAAGAUAUUCCGUGGAGUUGA